AUGAACAUCUCGGUCGUGCGCCCAUUAGUCGACUCACUUUACGAGACGCAGGAUCUGUCUAUCGUAUAUUGCCUCCUCGUCAACCGCAUGCAAUUUAUCCGAGAACAGUCCUUCGCUACACACCACCAGACAGUAAACCUUACUCGCGCACUGCUGUGCGAACUGGUCGCGGAAAAGAUCCUUCGUCGCUACAACGAACACAAUCCAGGACCACGCGGCCUACUCAAGUUGGCGAACAUCCUUGUUGCGGGCUUCGAGCCGUUUCAAGGCGCCCCUGACGAAGUCGUAGACCAAAGCAAACAUGCGAUGCACUACUGGGCAACACAGCAUCGUUCUCAAUCCGGAAAGGUCGAGAGAAAAUUGACGGCGCUCGAGGUCGCCAUCGUCAGUGCGAGUAAAUCCUUUCUGGCGAGUAGCGCUUGCCAAAAAGUCGUGGAUGCGAUUUAUCGUGGCAAGAUCGUGUAUACACCAUCAAGCUUCAUGGAUAUCAUCCCCGAUCACUGGAAGAAAAGGCCCAUUUCUCUGUAUGACCCGAGGAGGGCGCCACUGUUGAAUCAAUACCGACUCGUUGUACCGCGGACACGGAAUCUGAUCGAGGUGGUGCAGUUCAUGGUGUUGUUGGGGUUGUAUAUUGCCGUGAUGGCUGAGAGGGAGAACCGCUUGACUCCGAAGUUCGAGGUGGUGGAAUUAGUGUUUUGCGUUUAUGGUGCAGGAUGGGUACUGGACCAAUUCGCCUCGAUUCUGGAACACGGCUGGGCCGUAUAUACCCAAAACCUCUGGUCGUUUUUGGACGUCAUGUUUUCGACAUUGUUCCUCGUUUACCUUGGGCUGCGCAUGCACGCUUUCACAAUCUCCGAUCACGACAAGUCCACCAUUAUUGCGCGAACGGCUUUGGAUGUUCUCAGUUGUGGAGCACCGGUGCUGGUCCCUCGUCUGGCGUUCAAUGUCAUGUCGGAAAAUAUGCUUUUCCUCUCGCUGAGAGCAAUGAUGUCGGAUUUCUUGACCUUGACAGCGUUGGCAGUGUGGUGUUUUGCCGGAUUCCUACUGAGUCUCAAAUGGUUGCACGCAGGAGCACAUCAUGCUGGUACGAUUGGGAAAUGGAUGAUCUGGAUCUGGUUUGGGCUUGAUGGAACGGGCAUCGGGCAGUCGGCGGACUUCCACUGGCUUCUCGGGCCUGUGUUGAUGGUGCUAUUCGCCUUCCUUGGCAACACCCUGUUCCUAACCGUGCUUGUUUCAAUGUUGACGAACACAUUCAGCGGUAUUGUAGGCAAUGCCGUCCAGGAGAUCCAGUUCCGUCGGGCCGUACUCACGUUCGAAGGAGUCAAGUCUGACGCGAUCUUUGCAUACAUGCCGCCAUUCAACAUUCUGGCUUUGGUUAUCUUGGUUCCCCUCAAGUGGAUUCUUUCGGACAGGAUGUUCCACAAAGUCAACGUGACGGCCGUCAGGAUCAUCAACUUACCAACAUUGUUGCUUGUGGCGUGGUACGAACGGAGAACUCUGUGGAUGUCUGAUAGGCACAAAGGGGGAAGAAGCAAGAAAAUCGACUGGAAAAAUGCGACCGGUCCGAAGGCCACCGCAACACAGUACUGGGCAAUUUCGAGAUUCAGUGUGCACGGUGACAUUCAUGCGGUCUUCGACAUUGAUCCUCCUCAGUCGGUGUUGGACAAGAUUGCCGAGGAAGACGACUUGAACCACAGCGAUGACAUGGGCAUCCUCUCCAACACCCGGUUGAAGGACCAAUUUGCAAACCUGGCCGAAGAACGGCGAGCCAGCCAGACCAGCAAUGCCGAUCGCAGACUAUCAGUCAACCCUAGGGCCAAGAAAAAGCGAAGAAGAGACUCCCAGUUUGGAAACACAGCGAAACAAGAUUCUCAGAAUGAUCGAAAGCUGAAGAAUGAAUUUCGGGAUUCUGAUGAGGAUGGAGACGAGAAUGGCGCUCCAUCGGGAUACCGGAAGCCGAAGAAGGGUGAACGGAUGGAUUCACUUGUUGAUUUCAAUAGCGACGGUGAUCGCGAUGUGCGCAUCCUGGAAGCCUUGACCCGACUGCACAAGAUUGAAGGUGCGAUGGAGAGGAUGGAGGCUCUGCUGGGGCAGUUGAUCGACGGCGACGCGACCAGCGAAAACAGCGAGGGAAAGGAGGAGCUGGCGCAAGAGCUGCGGUCCAACUCCCUCAAGUGA